AUGAGAACAAGGUUGUCCUGCAAUGGUUUGCCAUCGUUCUCGUCUAUAAUGAGGACACCCAUUAGGUUACCGCCUUCCUUUAAGUUUCGACCCGCUAUUUCUUUUAGGUAUCAAUCGGUAUUUCACUCAGGAUUUAGAAAUGCCAGUGCAAUCACAUACAAGUCUGCCUUGAAACCAGUUUAUCAACCUCAACUACGGUUCAGCAGUCACAAGGCUUCCAAGCCGGAUAGGAAACUUCCGCAGCUUUCGCAAUUGAAAAUUAUCAAGGAUUUAAUGGCCUACUUGUGGCCCAAGGAUAACCUUGCUGCCAAAGUUCGUGUUGUUAUUGCAUUGUCAUUGUUGGUAGCUGCUAAGCUACUCAAUGUUCAGGUUCCUUUUUUCUUCAAAUCAAUUGUGGAUAAUAUGAAUAUCGAUUGGGAACAAAACGUAGGAACGGUGACUUCAGUUAUUGGAGCACUGAUCAUUGCUUAUGGUGGUGCCCGAUUUGGCGCUGUGCUCUUUGGUGAACUUCGAAACGCAAUAUUUGCUAGAGUUGCUCAGAGCGCCAUUAUGAAAGUGGCUCAUAAUACUUUUGUACAUUUGUUGCAUAUGGAUCUGAAUUUCCAUCUUACUCGCCAAACUGGUGGGUUGACUCGUGCCAUUGACCGUGGUACAAAAGGUAUCGCUUACGUGCUAAGUGCCAUGGUAUUCCAUAUUAUCCCUAUAACUUUUGAAAUUUCGGUUGUUUGUGGUAUUCUAACUUACAAUUAUGGAAUGUCUUUUGCAGCUGUAACCCUAGCUACCAUGAUUGCGUAUUCUAUAUUCACAAUCCGAACAACAACUUGGAGAACCGGUUUUAGGAGACAGGCGAACAAUGCUGACAAUCAAGCUGCAUCAGUGGCUCUUGAUUCUCUGAUCAAUUUUGAAUCGAUCAAGUAUUUCAACAAUGAGUCGUUUCAGUCAAUGAAAUAUGAUGCAGCUUUGACAAAAUACAAGGAUGCUCAAAUUAAGAUAGCGACGUCCUUGGCAUACUUGAACUCGGGCCAAAAUCUUAUCUUUACCUCUUCUUUGACAGCUAUGAUGUUUAUGGGAUGUGUGGGAGUAUCCCAGGGAUAUUUGACUGUAGGUGACCUGGUCCUUAUCAAUCAAUUAGUAUUUCAACUUUCCGUUCCGUUGAACUUUCUGGGCUCUGUCUACAGGGAGUUGAAACAGUCUUUGCUAGACAUGGAGUCUCUUUUCAAGCUACAAAAGGAGGAGGUUGAGAUUAAAUCUCUUCCUGGUGCCCCAGACUUGCUUGUGAAAGGUGGAGAAAUCCGAUUUGAGAAUGUUUCUUUCGGAUACCACCCUGACAGGCCAAUCUUGAAGAACUGUUCGUUUACUAUUCCUGCUGGUCACAAGGUAGCCAUUGUGGGUCCUUCAGGAUCAGGAAAAUCCACUAUAUUGAGGCUGGUAUUCCGAUUUUAUGACGUCACUGAGGGAAAAAUUUACAUAGAUGGACAGAACAUCAAAGAAGUGAACGUGGAAAGCUUACGAAAACAUAUCGGGGUUGUUCCUCAAGACACUCCAUUAUUCAAUGAUACGAUCUGGGAGAAUGUUCGAUUUGGAAGGUUGUCGGCUACAGACGAUGAGGUGAGAAAUGUCAUCAGCCAGGUCAAAUUGGACAAGUUGAUCCAAGAUCUACCCAACGGUUCGAACACUAUAGUGGGUGAAAGGGGUAUGAUGAUUUCGGGUGGUGAAAAGCAAAGACUUGCCAUUUCAAGACUGUUAUUGAAAAAUUCUAAGAUAACUUUUUUCGAUGAAGCAACAUCAGCCUUGGAUACUCAUACUGAACAGGCCCUAUUGAAGACAAUAAAAGAAGUGUUUAAACAAAACUCUAACACUAAUGUUUCAAUUGCUCAUCGUCUGAGAACAAUUGCUGAUGCUGACAAGAUUAUUGUGUUGAAAGAGGGCCAUGUAAUCGAAGAAGGAACCCAUCAAGAGUUACUACAACAACCAGGGUCUCUCUACAGUGAGCUAUGGACUAUCCAAGAGCACAUGUUUGAGGAAGAAAAAGAAGUUGAAGCUACGUCUGAAAAAGUGGAUCAGUAG